AUGGUACAUGGCCUUCAUGGCGGUGGAGGGGCAGGAACCCCUCUGAGAUCGGCAAGAGGCCGGCGGCAACCACACCAGAUGCUGCCCUUCGACGUGCUGGUGGACAUUGCGGCGCGCACCGACCCGGCCACCCUCGUGCGCUGCGCCGCCACCUGCAUGGACAUGCGCUGCCGCCUGAAGCACAACCCCGGCCUCCAUCUCCAUGGCCGCCUCCGCCUCCGCCUCCGGCACGGCGACCGCUUCGUGCUCCCCUUACUGCGCGGCCACCUCAUCCGCGGCUGCUGGCGCAAGAAAAAGGAGGAGCUGUUCCUCAUGGACACCACCGCCGCAGACGCCACCAGGCUGCACACAGUCACAGACACAACAGACGCUACCGAGCUGCACACAGUCACCAACGCCGGCAGCUUCCCCCUCGCGUCACGCGACGGCCUUAUCCUCACCCGUGUAGGCCAAGAGCUCCGUGUGUCCGACCCGGCCACCGGCAACAGCCAUACCCUGCCGUCACAACCCGUAUUCCCCCUGGUUGUGGGCCGUCAGGCUCAGGCCACUAGAGAGAUAGGUUAUGACUUGCUCGUCGGCGACAAUGAAGAUAAGGGCGGGACCGCCGUCGGUCGGCAUUUUCAGGUGGUCAUGGCGUACGUAGAGCUGUCACAACACCGCCGGCUCCUACAACUCCAGACUUUCUCGUCGGAGCACGACGCGUGGGGCCGCUAUACCGAGAUCCGGGCGCCUAAGCUGCAUGGCAGCCGCCUGCAAGAAGGCCUCGGCAGGGCUUUGGUCGUCGACAACAACACUAUGUAUUUGUCCUUGAUGACCGACACCCGAGCCUAUGUACUCAAGCUCCAUGUCAAAACCGAGGUGAUGGCGCUGAUGCUCCUAGACAGCUUCCCCCGUAGCAGGUGGCACAACCAAAUCCUGGCGACGUUGUCGGCAGGUGGAAAUCCGACCAUGUUGGUCGCGGAAGGCAACAAGAUGUUGGCUUGGGCGCAGUCAAAGCAAACAGGGAAGUGGCAGCAGAGACCACAUGUGGUGUUUGAGACGGACGCAAUCUCGCGGUUUCUAGAUAAGGUGGACGGUGGAAUCAGACCCCUACCAUGGCCAAGCCAGCUCCAUCUAGUGUCGUUCGCCAAGAGGAGCGGCACCGUGCUCAUCAUGUCAGUCAAUUGUUUUUUCUGGCUUGACCUGCAGUCCAUGAAGAUUGUGAGGUGGUUUUCGGUUCAUGAUGGUCCGGACAUGGUCGAGAACAUCCCAUAUGAGAUAAAUUUGACGGAUUGGGUUCCAACAUUCAAUAGUAGAUUGUGA